AUGGCUGCAACUUCCUCGUCGGGCGCUCGCGUUCUAGCGCUUGCCUCCAGUCCGCAAGGCUUGUCUGCCGCACGCGCAGCGCAGGGCAAGAAAGACACCGUUUUGACCGUUCUUCAGACCGAGUCUUUUCCUCAGGCGGAGACCGCCGCAGGGGCUCUUUACGACGCGAUCCUGGUUUUGGACGUUGGAAACAUCCAAGACGGCGCGGCCGCCCGUCCCGCGGCGCAAGCUUUGGCUCAAGCAGUUUGCCGCGCUGUAGCCCCGGGGGGAUUUGUACUGGUUGCCGAAGGAAGUGGCGACGCCGAGCAGGCACGCCGUCUGAUGAAGCGACUGCUGGUCUACGAAGGCCUCGUCUCUGCCACAGACUCAGAGGUCGCCUCGUUCGUAGCCGACCACCUGACCGGCUUUGAAACCCCCAUAAUGUGGACAGGAAGGAAACCGACAUGGGCUGCCGGCGCGGCAGACACGGUGUCAGGCAGCAACGGCGUCGUGGCAAGUGGGAGUAACGAGGUAGACGCCGACGACCUCAUCGAUGAGGCGACGCUUAUUGACCCAGCUGAAGCGUAUCAGCCGCUGGGGAAAGACCGAUCAAGUUGUGCGUCACGGCCCAAAGCGUGUCCCAACUGCACUUGCGGGCGAAAGGAGGCUGAGGAGGCUGCAGAGAAGACGAGGAGAAAGCUGGAGUCCGGGGAAAUCCGGUCCUCUUGCGGAAACUGCUACCUCGGAGACGCCUUCCGCUGUGCCGGGUGCCCGUACAGAGGCAUGCCUGCCUUCAAACCGGGCGAGAAGGUUUCGUUAGAGGAGACGAGCGUGGUGGCGCCCGUGCCUGGAAUGCAGAAGGAAGUUGCAACGGUGUCCAUGAACAAGGUGCGAAUCGCAGACCUCGGAGACGAUAUGUGA